UACCUUCCUUUCCAGCGCUGGCUCCAGCGUUUCGUUCCUUCACGCAGUCUCUCCGGCUUGCUCCCACUGUCGAAAAAAACUCUCUCUACAGUCUACCAUACAGUUAUAUAUCCGAAUUGCUCUCGAGCGAUUCCCCGGGCUUAGCGUUUAACAGACUCUCCCAAGAUGCCUGCUGAGAGUCCGAACACAUCUGAUCGUGAUACUGAACCAUUUGUUGAGGUUGAUCCGACUGGACGGUUUGGGAGGUACGAUGAUCUGCUUGGUGCUGGUGCUGUGAAGAAAGUUUACCGGUCUUUUGAUCAAGAGGAAGGUAUAGAGGUGGCCUGGAAUCAGGUUAGGUUGAGGACUUUCAGUGAGGAUCCGGUACUCAUCAAUCGGCUUCACUCAGAGGUUAAGCUGUUACGAGCAUUGAAAAACAAAUAUAUCAUUGCUUGCUACAGUGUAUGGAAGGAUGAUGAGCGUAACACUUUGAAUUUCAUUACUGAGGUGUGCACAUCCGGAAACUUGAGGGAUUACAGGAAGAAGCAUCGCCAUGUUUCCAUUAAGGCCUUGAAGAAGUGGUCAAAGCAGGUGCUUGAGGGAUUGGAGUUUCUGCAUACCCAUGAGCCAUGCAUUAUUCACAGAGAUCUCAAUUGUAGUAACAUCUUCAUCAAUGGAAACAUAGGCCAGGUGAAAAUCGGUGAUCUGGGGUUUGCAGCAAUUGUAGGGAAGAGCCAUGCAGCACAUUCGAUUAUAGGAACCCCAGAGUACAUGGCACCGGAGCUGUACGAGGAAGACUACACUGAGAUGGUUGACAUAUACUCCUUCGGAAUGUGUCUGCUUGAGAUGGUGACAAUGGAGAUCCCAUACAGCGAAUGUGACAGUAUUGCCAAGAUAUACAAGAAGGUGACAACUGGAGUACAUCCUCAAGCUUUGAACAAGGUAAUGGAUCCGGAAGUGAAGGCAUUCAUUGACAAGUGCAUAGGCCAGCCAAGGGCAAGACCUUCAGCGUCUGAUCUUCUCCGGGAUCCUUUCUUUUCUGAAGUGGACGAUGAAGAGAGUGGGCCAAUUGGUUGAUGUCUUUUUGAGUGAAAGAUAUGCUUUGAGCUAGCCAUUAGCUCUUGUUUUGUACUGAUUGAUGGGCUUCCUGCUAAGCAUCUGCCCACAAUUAUCAACUCUUUUUUUCUUCUUCUUGACAUAUUGCCGUUAAUACCUAUUGUGCACAUAAGUACUAGAAUGAAGUAAUGAUGAUGGUGCUGUCUAGUUGACUUCA